GUGCAUCCACCACGACUGGUAUAAAAGUCGGCGACGACUAGGACGCUGGAGUAUCCAAACUAUACAUUAUCUAUAUGGGACGCUUAUUGGGGCGUAUUGUCGUCGGCCUCACUUCCUCCCUCAUCUGCUUCAUAGCGUAUUCCUCUCAGAUCUUUGUAAUAUGGCCGUGGUACGGUCGUGUCGUAUCCAUUGAACUUUUAACCCUCCUGGUUCCAUUCAAUUUACUUGUCGCCAUGCUACUCUGGAACUACCGUCUAUGCGUCGUGACCGACCCAGGACGCGUCCCAGAUGGAUGGCAACCCGACACCGCUUCCAUGGAGGGCUACGAAGUCAAGAAGCUUACCGGAGGACCAAGAUACUGUCGAACAUGCGAACAGUACAAACCCCCUCGUUCUCACCACUGUAAAUCAUGUAAACGAUGUGUGCUUCGUAUGGACCAUCACUGUCCCUGGGUCGACAACUGUGUCGGCCACUUCAACUAUGGCCACUUCAUCCGUUUCCUCUUCUUCGUGGAUCUCGCUUGUUCCUAUCAUCUUGCCAUGGUCACUCGGCGCGUUACUCAUGCUAUGCACUCCCGGAUUUGGGAUGUGCCAGAAGGGGUUGAGCUCGUCUUUAUUAUCCUCAAUUAUGUGGCUUGUAUUCCUGUGCUGCUUAUGGUUGGAGGCUUCAGCCUGUAUCAUUUCUACUGUUUGCUGGGAAACUCUACCACAAUCGAAGGCUGGGAGAAGGACAAAGUCGCCACACUCGUCAGGCGCGGCAAAAUCAGAGAUAUCAAAUUCCCAUAUAACCUUGGAAAACGACGAAACAUCGAAUCCAUCCUUGGCCCCAACCCGUGGCUCUGGUGUUGGCCCACCAGGACACCCGGAACAGGACUUAAAUAUCAACUUGCUGAGGGCGAUGGUAAGUGGAUAGAACUGCAGCGUCCAGAUUAUAAGGAGCAAUGGUAUCGCCGAGAAGACGAUGACGAGUUCGUGUAGUGCUCAUAAGGGAUCGAACACCAGGAGGCGUGGCCGCCGCGAGACCCGAGCACCGCCAAUCAUCAAUUCACUCUCCCCGAUUCACCCUGGACGUACGAAAAUGACUCUCUCAACCCCUCCCUCCAUCCUUCCAACUCCGAACUUCGUACCACAGCCUCCGCAAAAUCUAAACAGCGCCGCGCCGCAGCUGGAUCCUCCGUUCCACCAUGGCAUCCAGACUAUCGAGACGGGGAGCAAGACCAAGGUGGAGCAAUGGACCAUGACUCGCUCCCGUCUUCAGGCGAGGAGCGCGACGACGACGACGAGUAUGGAUAUGGGCGGAUGGGCGGGAUGGUUAGGGCGAGAAGGGGAUCGGAGGGGUACGAGGUCCGGCCAGUGGACAGGGAGGAGAUCUUGAGGAGGUAUAUUGAGAGUAGGGGGGAAGAGGCGGGGAGGUAUAAUGUGUAUGAGCCGGAGCCUCCGAGCGACAGCGAGAGUGAGCAGGACGACGUGCCGCUGGCGAGGAUUGCACCGAGUGUGUCGGUGAAUGGGAGAGUGACUUGAGGGCG